UGAGUUAUAAGGAAAGAUUGAAGUUAGGGCAUUAUUCCUUGGAAUGUAGAAGACAGAGGAGAUUUGAUAGAGCUAUACAAAAUUAUGAGUGUUACAGAUAGGGAAAAUACAAGCAGGCUUUUUUCCACUGAGAUUGAAUGCACUACAACUAGAGAUCGUGGGUGAAAUGUAAACUCGAGUUCGAUUUGAACAUUUGAGAAAAGUGUGGAUAGGUACAGGGACGACAGGGGUAUGGAAGGCUAGGGUCCCGGUGCAGGUCGAUGGGAGUAGUCAGUUUAAAUGACUCAGCGUAGACUAGACGGGCUGAAGGGCCUGUUUCUACGCUGUACUUUUCUAUGACUCUAUCAGUGUAACUCAGUGUUUGUUCAUGUCCCAAUGUCACUAUCUCUCUGUAACCUGGUGUCUCUAUAUAUCUCAGUGUAACUCAGUACUGUAUCGGGUCCCGAUAAAGGGACUCCGACCGAAAUGUCGACUGCUUAUUCCCCUCCAGAUGCUCUUGACCUGCUGAGUUCCCCUAGCAUUUUGCUUUGGAUUUCCAGCAUCUGCAGAAUCUCUUCGUGUUUAUAACUCGGUUAUUUCUUUAUGUUCCGAUGCUACCGGGUACAUCUAAAUAUUUGUCUCACUGUAACCCGGUGUCCCUAGGGGCACGCCUCAGUGUAACCCAGAAACGGAGCAUCUUCCUAUCCCCAUUUGGACUCGGCACCUCUGCAAUAACGCAGCCCCAUUCACUCCAUUGGCGUCAUCGUAACGUAGGUUUGUAGCAGUGCAGUAACAGCCUCUAUCCCAGAGCCACCGUCAGUCUCGGGCGAACCUUUUCAUUCUCUCUGGUUGUUUCGUGUUGCGGCGGAGGACCGACGCGUGAACCAUGCUGAUUCGGUGGGCCGGAUUCCGGUGCGAAUUCUCCGGCCGGGGCCCGCGGGUUCUCCGGCGAGCGCUGAUGAUUGUGUGGGUUUGCUUGCGGCUCUCCGGCGCCUCCGCCGGCCGGUCGGCCUGGGCCGAGCAUUACGGCACCAAGUCGCGGUACCGGGACGUGGGCCGGGGCGAGGGUUCCUGGCUGCCCCCGGCUCACUGCACCCAGCUGCAGCUGAACGGCCUGAUCCGGCAUGGCACCCGCUACCCCACCAAGAAGAAUGUGCCCCGCAUGCUGGAGAUGCACCAGCUAGUGAAGGAGCUGGGGGACACCGGCCUCGACCUGGUGCAGGCCCUGGCCGCCUGGGACAUGUGGUACCACGAGCGGAUGGACGGCUGCCUCCACCAGCUUGGAGUCUCCGAGAUGGCCCAGCUAGCCGAGAGGCUGGCCGCCGGCUUCCCCCGUCUCCUGGCCCCGCAAAAUUACCUCGAGAACAGGGUUAAGUUCCUGACCAGCUCCAAACACCGGUGUGUCAACAGCACCCAAUCCUUCAUCCGAGGUCUGGAGAGGCACCUGGGUUUGCGGGACAAUGCCACCGGCCAGUGGGAGGUCGACGACGGGCUGCUGCGCUUCUUUGAUUCCUGCCAGAAGUUUGUGAGGCUGGUGGAAAACAACGGAGCGGCCCUACACGAGGUGGAAGUGUUCAAAACGGGCCCAGAAAUGGAGCGAGUGAUCCAAAAAAUGGCACAGAAGCUAGGCGUGUUACCAGGGGACAUCAGUAUCGAAAUGGUGGAAGCGACGUUUUACCUCUGUACUUAUGAGUUCAUCCUUAAAGGCAUAGUUUCUCCCUGGUGUGACCUUUUCGAUAAAGAAGACGUAGAGGUACUGGAGUACAUGGCUGACCUGAAGCAAUACUGGAAGAGAAGCUAUGGAUAUGAAAUUAAUGGUCUCUCCAGCCACAAACUAUUCCAGAAUAUUUUCCAAUAUAUGGACCAGACCAUUGAAGAGAAUGAGAGGAAUGAAUCAAUAUCUCACACUGCUGUCUUACGAUUUGGGCAUGCGGAGACCCUUCUGCCAGUUUUGACUCUCAUGGGGUAUUUUAAGGAUGAACGCCCCUUACUAGCAGAUAAUUUUGAAGAGCAAAAGAAUCGCAAAUUUAGAAGUGGACAAAUUUCACCCUUUGCCGCAAACCUUAUUUUUGUACUGUACCAGUGCAACGAAUCACAGAGCAUAGGGGAGAAGUACAAACUCCAGUUGUUUCUGAAUGAAAAGCCACUACCAUUUCCUCAGAAUGGAAGCCUUGUCACUGACUAUGAUGAAGUGAAGAACCACUAUCAGCAUCUUAUUGAUACACUGAAGUUUAGCAAUACAGCCACGAAUCAAAGAAAACCAUGGAAGCAGUUCAAAGAAAAUCACAGCCCCAUGUGCAAAAAAACCAAAUCGAUCAAACAGCAACAAGAAUAUCAGCUCCCCCAUGCAAAAACUCAAAUCGUGCAAUCGGCAACAAGAAAGAAAACAUGGAAUAUAAAAACAUAAAACUGAACGAGUCCAAUUGAACUACAGUCCACAGUCCAAUCCAUAAACCGCAAGCCCGGAACUUCAGUACCAUCCUCUGACAGCAUCGAGAGAGAGAGAGCAUUCAAAUGCAGGGACCUUGCCUUGGGAGCAGCAAGCAAGAGAUCAUGACAUGUAGACACCUUAGUCUGGCAGCAGCAGUGAGUGACUAGUCAAUGUCACUGAACAGCCGCUCACCUUCCGCACUCGCCUCGAUGUUUUAACCUUUCUUGAUGCUUUAAUCGGCAGGAUAUAACUCCUUCAACUCCCAAGCAGCCUGGCAACAUCCAGCACUAAAUAUCUUGCUUGAUUGAUACCCCACCCACCCUUUCUGUCCACUUGCUUAUGUUCAUUGUUCAGAAAAUGCACUGGAGUUACUUAGACUGUAUCUUCCGAAGCUUAACUAGAGCUAUCAAAAAGGACAAGGGCAGUUGAUGCACAGGGAUACCACCAUGUGCAGGUUCCUCUCCAAGCCUUACACUGUCCUCAGUUGAAAAUAUGUUGUCUUUCCAACAUUAUAUUAGCAAGGAUGAAUUGCUGAGACUGCACAAGGAGUGCUGUGAACAGCUUUGGGCCACUUAUCUAAAAAAGGUGUGCUGGCAUUGGUGUGGGUCCUGAGGAGUCGCAUGAGAACGCUUCCAGGAAUGAAAGGUUUUGCGUAUGAAGAACAUUUAAUGGCUCUGGGCUUCUAUUCACCAGAAUUUACAUGAAUGAGGGGGAAUCUCACUGAAAUCUAUUGAACAUUGAAAAGCCUAGAUAGAGUGGAUGUGGGCAGGAUGUUUCCUAUAGUGGAAGAGUCUAGGACCAGAGGACACAAUCUCAGAAUAGAGAGACAUCCAUUUAGAACAGUGAUGAGGAAUUUCUUUAGCCAGAGGGUGGUGAAUCUCUGGAGCUCAUUUCCACAGAUGGCUGUGGAGGCCAAGUUAUUGAAUAUAUUUGUUGAGAUGACAGGUUCUUAACUACACAUGAUGUCAAAAGUUAUGGGAGAAGGCAAGAGAAUGGGGUUGAGUGGGAUAAUAAAUCAGCCAUGAUGGAAUGGUGGAGCAGAUUCAAUGGGCCGAAUGACCUGAUUCUGCUCCUGUGUCUUAUGGCUUAUAGAACAUAGAACAGCUUGGUACAAGCCCUUUGGCCCACAACGUUGUACUGACCUUUCAACUUCCUCCAAGUUCAAUCUAACCCUUCUCUCCUACAAAGCCCUUAUUUUUCUACCAGCCAUGUACCUAUCUAAGAGUUUCUUAAAUGUCCCUAAUGUACCUACCUCUACCACCACCCCUGGCAUACCGUUCCACACACCCACCACUCUCUAUGUAAAAAGAUUUUAGUUCUGAUACCCCCCCCCCCCCCGAGAAAAGGUCUCUGGCUAUUAUCUCCAUCUAUGCCUCUUAUCAUUGUCACCUUUUAUUCUCCUCUCCAAAGAGAAAACAACCUUGAAGAAAAAAUCAUUAAACAUUCUACACAAAAAUACUACUGAUGGACACCGGAAGUUCAAGAAGAUGGCUUUCUCAAGGGCUGUUGGUAGCCAGCAAUGCCUGUAUCUCAUUAAAUAAUAAUCAAACGUUAAACUAGCUAAUCACCAUAUGCUGAAUUGUAGCACUGAGCUCAGUAAGUUGUAGGCUCACACCAGAAAAAAAGUCAAAUUUUAUAACAACACAACACUGAAGAAUCCAAAGUUAGUCCAGACUCUAUGUCUCUGAUCCAGGCCUGUAGCUGAUUCUCCUUGAGGUAACCUAUUGGGCUGUUUGGCCACAGAAACAACCUUGAUUGCGUAGUUAACACAAGAGGUUCAAUACACGCUUUAUGGAUGGUUGCUCAAAGCAACCUUGUUAGGCACAGCCUGAGGGAAAGGUAAACAUACAUUGACUGAGGCUUUUGUUAUAACCUGAUCCUUUCCAGGAAAUUUAAUUCUGCCUCAUAUCUUGAGAUCCAUUCUAAACAUUAUUUAUCCACACCAAGCCUUUCAGAAUGGCAAUAUAAUAUUCAUAUUACUCAAUUAAAUUGCUUGCUUGUUCUGUGAGGCAUCAUUGUUGAGAUUUACCACUCUGAAUUGUUACUCUAUUGUUACAGAAAAUGCAGGAACUACUCAGUAGAGUAGCAGCAUGUGUUGAAAUAGAACCACGUUAUGUUUCGAGUCAAACGGUUCAUCAGAACACUAUUGUGGUUGUACUCUGCAACUGAGCCUCUGCAACCUCUUGGGUAGAAAAUUCCAAAUGUUCAUUUUCAUCUGGAUAAAUCACUCCGAAAUCAGGCCUGAAUUGCUGAUCUUUUGACUGUGUUUUUGGAAACUCCAGCCUGGGAAAGCAUCAUCCCUUAAGAACUUUAUCUGAUUUAAUGAGAUGACCUCUCAUUCUUGAGAUUCUUCAAGGACUCUUCAUCUCAUGCUCUUGAUAUUUGUUGUUUAUUUAUUAUUGCUAUUUAUUUCUUUUUGUAUUUUCACAGUUUGUUGUCUUCUGCACACUGAUUGAAUGCCCAAGUUCAUGUGGUCUUUCCUUGAUUCUAUUAUGGUUAUUAUACAUUAUGGAUGUAUUGAGUACGUCUGCAGGAAAAUAAAUCUCAGGGUAGUAUAUGGUGACAUAUACAAUAUGUAUUUUGAUAAUAAAUUUACCUUGAACUUGCAAAUCUAAAUUUCACUGAUUAAUUUGGUAUAUUUCUGAAAUAAUUCCUGUCUGAUAAAUAAAAUUCCCUUCUAAUUGUGGCAUAAUCUUUGAUCUCUCCAAAUGCACAACAGUGUAGUUUGUUCUCCUAUAAAUAUGAAUAUGGUAAAUAAAUAAUGAAUCAUCUGUGAAGCUUAGUGUAGGCUGCAAAAAUUACCUGAUAAAUGAGAUGGUUAAGAUGCUCUUUGUAUUUGUUCAAAUAGUUUAAAUCUUGAAGUACUUGUACACGCCUCUUAAGUAAACAGUGUUAUGUAAUUAGUGAUUUUUUUUAAUAGAGAACACUAAAAAAUCUUCUUUCUCUU